AUGGCGGAGACACCCCUGGUGGUGCAGUGCCAGCUAGAGGCGUGCCGCGACACCCUCACGGCCAACUUUUUCACGCUGAGCGGCCGCCGCAUCCAGCAGCCAGUGAGAUAUGUCCUAUCAAAUGUGACACUCCGACACCUGCGCAAGACAGCACAGAGACUGGCACUGAAGGCAGAGUGCCUGAAGUCGGGCACGCAGCCCGUGCGGCUGGUGCUGAGCGACUGCUCCCUCGAGCCAGUGCAUAACUUCAUAGUAUGGUCGCAGGAAAUCCCGGCAAGACCCGCAACUCGCAGGCUCCGGAGAAAAGCCGACAUGGCCGCACGCAACUUGCGAAGAGCCUUGGCGGAGAGCCUUUGCUCUAGGCCCUAG